AUGAAGUUCAUCACCCCCGUCGCCCUCCUGGCCAUGCUCCAGGCCGCCAGCGCCUCGCCCGUCGACGUCAAGACCAACACCGCCGGCCUGCAGGUCACCCUCUCCCAGGUCGACAACACGCGUAUCAAGGCCGUCGUCCAGAACACCGGCUCCGAGGAGGUCACCUUCAUGCACCUGAACUUCUUCAAGGACGCGAGCCCCGUCAAGAAGGUCUCGCUGUUCCGGAACAACGACGAAGUCGAAUUCCAAGGCAUCAAGUACCGCGUGCAGACCAACGACCUCUCCGACGAGGUCCUGACCUCCCUCGCCCCCGGCGCCACCCUCGAAGACGAGUUCGACAUCGCCCACACCUCCGACCUCUCCUCCGGCGGCCCCAUCACCAUCAAAUCCAACGGCAUCGUCCCCCUCGUCACCGACAAGGCCGUCACCGGCUCGCUGUCCUACACCUCCAACGAGCUCACCAUCGACGUCGACGGCGCGCAAGCAGCAAAGGUCGAAACCGUCGGCGCCUCCCUCGCAAAGCGCACAGUGAUGGCCUCGUGCAGCGGGACCCGCGCCUCAGCGCUCCGCACCGCCCUCUCCAACGCAGCGUCCCUCGCCUCGCGCGCCGCCUCCGCCGCGUCCUCCGGCUCCGGCCCGUUCUCGACUUUCUUCAAGAGCACCAGCUCGUCCACGCGUAACACCGUCGCCGCCCGCCUCCGCGCCGUCGCCUCCGAGGCGAGUUCCACCUCCUCCGGCUCGACGACCUACUACUGCCAGGACGUGUACGGGUACUGCAGCAGCAAUGUCCUGGCCUGGACCCUGCCCGCGUACAACAUCAUCGCCAACUGCGACAUCUACUACAGCUAUCUCCCGGCGCUCACGGGCAGCUGCUAUGCCCAGGACCAGGCGACCACGACGCUGCAUGAGUUCACGCAUGCGCCCGCUGUGUACUCCCCUGGCACUGAUGACUAUGGCUAUGGGUACUCGGCUGCGGUGUCGCUGAGUGCUAGCCAGGCGCUGCUGAACGCGGACUCGUAUGCGCUUUAUGCGAAUGAGGCGUUUGACGCGGAUACCGAUACCGAUACUGGAUGGAUGGAUGAGCUGAGGUGUGGGCGAAUUUACUGUGAAGAGGUCUGGGGUGGUGGUGUGGUGAAGCUAGGGACGCUGAUGAUGGUUUGA